UCCGAACCUGUGAUUUCUUUGCUCUGCUCUUCAGCACUCAUACAAUUCCUGUCCCCUCCUGGAAGUGGGGUGACUGCAUGAGGACGAUGGAGCAGGGCAGCAGCCACUUGGAGGACUUCCCUCUCAACGUGUUUUCAGUCACUCCUUACACACCCAGCACCGCUGACAUCCAGGUGUCUGAUGAUGACAAGGCAGGUGCCACCUUGCUUUUCUCAGGCAUCUUCCUGGGACUCGUGGGGAUCACGUUCACCGUCAUGGGCUGGAUCAAAUACCAAGGUGUCUCCCACUUUGAAUGGACCCAGCUUCUUGGGCCCAUCCUGCUGUCAGUUGGGGUGACAUUCAUCCUGAUUGCCGUGUGCAAGUUCAAAAUGCUCUCCUGCCAGCUGUGCAAAGAAGGUGAGGAAAGGGUCCUGGACUCCGAGCAGACAGCAGGUGGACAAUCGUUUGUUUUCACUGGUAUCAACCAACCCAUCACCUUCCACGGCGCCACAGUGGUGCAGUACAUCCCUCCUCCAUACGGCUCUCAAGAGCCUACUGGCAUGAGCACUGCCUACCUGCAGCCAGUGGUGAGCCCUUGUGGUCUCAUGCCACCCAGAGGGGUGGUGACCGCAGCACCGAGCCCUCCUCAGUACUACACCAUCUACCCUCCCGAGAACGCUGCAUUUGUUAAUGAUCAAGACUACCCUUCCUUUGUGGAUGGUGGAAAUGACAGGUCCAGCCCUGAUGCUGAUGGGCCAGAAGAGACACGGUCAGGAAAUGAGGACUCUGCUUGCUUCUCUCCUCCCCCCUAUGAGGAAAUAUACUCCCUCCCUCACUAGAGACUAUGAAGCCAAGGAAAUAGAGUCAAAGUCACUGUUGCUGAAGAAUGAACUGUUCUGUGCUGUGACCUUCAGAAGUUAGACAGCAGAGCAGCCCAGGCAGCCUGACAGAUACCAUUCAAGGUGGGGGAAGGGGGAAGUGGGAGGUAAAAUGUCUCAGAUUGGUACAAAUUAGGCUGGGGUGGGGAAAUUCCCUUCUGGCACAACUACACAUCCCCUGCAUACAGUUCAGGAGCAGGGAUUUCUGUUUUUCCACCACCCACCCCUUUCCUAUGGGAAGGCCUGGGUGUCUCAAUUGUAACUCAAUUGUAACUCUAGAGAAUUGUAAGUUCUCUGGAUAGGAAAAAUUACUGCUGCUAUGACUUUGAGAGUUUCUGCAGUAGUGAGCAUGGGGGGUGGGAAGGAAGAAGGGAAGAGAAGAGAGGCUCACCUGGAGAUUUCCCAGAGCCUGUUCUCAGUGCUAGAGGGAUCUGCAUAUCCCAAGCAAUUUGACUGCCAUGCAGUUUCCCUUGAGCGAUCAGUAUCUUAAAGGCUGCAGAGAAGUAAACAAACUGGAAUAAGAUAAAAUAAAGGAUGCCUCCUGCUAGAAUAGUAUUAGAGAGCUGGCUAAACCAUACAAAAUCAAUAAUGGUAAGACCAUGGUGUCAAUAAAUCCUUAAGUUAUCAGUGGACCACAGCAACUCCUGGUUGCUGAUGUUCACAGCAGCAAGCACGAAGCUUGGUAUGCCCACCCCAGGGUACAGUCUAUAAUGGGCAUGAACUACCUGGGCCCAGUGGCCAACAGAAUAUGGAGGCUUCUCUAAGCACAUGUCAGUAAGUUCUGUUGAAUUAGACAAAAUGGAGCUGCUGUGUCAACACCUGGAAAAUUCUUGCCAAUACAUGCUUGCCUUCUUUAUACUUCUUUAUGAGGGAAUUAGGUGCCCUUAAUAUCUCUGAAUCUGGACUAUGUCAUAAACAACCAGAACAGACUCACAGACUUCAGAAGAAACAGUUAAAACCAUCGAGCUUUAAAAGAAAAUAUUUUCCUUAAGCUAUAAAGGUAAAGCCACUCAAGGUGAGGGAGCUCACCCCAAAAGAAGACAGGAUUUAGUAAUUCUAUAAAUUUUUGGUACCUUGUUUAUAUAUGAAGUGAUUUUUACUAAUUUUUAUCAGAAAUACCUAGUUUUCCAAGGAUAUGAUUAAAAUAAGCUUGGUAUUUU